AGUGACAACUUUCUUCGGCUGUGCACUUGUGUUGUUCUUCGAAAACUGGUCUUCCGUUAUCGUUUCGCCCAGGGAGAGGAGUACAGUGAUUGCUUGUGGCGUGUUCUUUCGAUUUCGUAUGUCGAAGUGAGGAGAUAAAUCGAUCCUGGGAUAAGUUUAUUGACCGGCCGGUUCUGGUGCAAUAAGCCGAACGACAUCUGUGCCAUAGGAUUUGUGCGCCGAUGGUAAACGGUUAACGCUAUUAACCAAGUUAUAUCGUUUUUCCGAUUAUGAAGGGAGUGCCGUUCUACGGUUUUUCCCCAUCUUUCCUCCCGAGCCAUGUGAAAAUAUCGUACUUUCGUCCAUAUUGGACCCACCCUCCAAUGGUAUGAAGAUUAAGAAACCUACCAUGAAGAGUCAUAAGUCAGAAGCUGUGCACAUAUUAAAGACUGAAGGAACCUGAAACCUCGAAAUGAGACCUCUAUCUUUCGAGAAUCUCCGAAGAUUGGUGGGUGGCAAAAAGAAGAAGAAGAAGGAUGACUCCGGAUUCAGAAGGAGCGAAUCCUUCAAGAGGAUAUCCAUCCGGAAAAGUUACCUGGAUCGGGGCAAAAAGAAGAAUUUGUCAAAGUUAGAAGUUGCCACUCAAACAGUCCCGGAAGAAGAACUGUCGAAAAUAUUUGAGGCGACUUGCAAAGUUGAUUCCGCGACUCAAGUAAAUCGAGAUGAGCCGAUUCAGAACACCUACAUGGAACUACCUAGGAAGAAAACUCCCCCAACCAGCAAAAAUAUUCAACCACAAAGGUCGAAAGUGAAAGAUCCUUCACUGACCUGUUUCGGUGGUAAGGGGUCCGAAAGAACCGUGAUUUAUGUACCUGCUUCCGAUGACAGUCUUCCACCUCCUGUUAUCGAAGAAAUAUCUUCAUCCCCUUCUCCUAGAAGAAGACUGUCUCACGCCGGUAUCCUUGAACGUAAGGAAAGUAAUGAUUCAGCUGUGGAGAUGUUUCCGUGGGGUGAUUCUGUAGACAUCAAGAAAUCUCCUUUGAUGAGGGAUAAAACGAAAGUCAACCGCUUGCCAUCGCUAAUGCCAUCCGAUUCUGGAAAUGAGGAGAUGUGUUCACUAUCCAUAAGUUUAGGAAGAAUCUGGAUGGACGCGCCUCGAGUGAUGUCUCCAAGAAGUUUGGACAUACCUAGGAAUAACCAGACGAAUGCCAAUCCUCCAGCUCAUAACUCUUUAGACAGCGCCUUGCGGGACAUGAAAGACAGCAGGGUUGUCUCGAAUCGUUUGCAGAAGAAACAAGUGUUUUCAGUGAGCAGGACGUCUUCUUCGAAUAGUGCUACCACGAAUUCCACCGGGCUCUUUUCAAGCCGAGACUCCGGAUUGUCGUUCUCAGUGCCAACGUCCCGUUUCGGAGACUUCAACUCCCCUUUCAAGACUUCGGGAUUCUUCAACAAGCAACCGAAACCCAAAUUAUCAGUUAGUCGCGACGGUUACUUCAAGAGGACUAGUUUCUUCGAAACCAAAAGGAGUUCUGUCAGACGAAAGAGCAGCAGGAAGAAGAAGGGGAAGCUGAGCAGAGGCAAUAAGCGGAGGAGUUGCAGAAACGACAUCUACCAGGUGGUGGUGGGUAGACGUCCGCGUCAGUUGAGUUUCCUCAAGUUGGACCCCAUGAUUUUCGUACCUCCGGAAAGGAGGAGAGCCUCGAUGAAAAGAAAGAAAUCGUUCAAGGCUGAAAUGUGCGAGAUCAGGAAUUUAAACCCCGCUGAAAGCGUGUACGUCGGCAUAGACCCCACGACGGACGAGGAUCUUUAUGAGAGCCUACCGGGCGAUCUAGACCUGGAACUGUGGGAAGAUGGACGCUCUGACAAUGGUGUCGUUUCGAGGAACAGCUCACGAGACGACGAGGCAUUCUCGCCGGCCAGCGAAGAAGCGACCGCGCGUCUAUUGAGCGACUCCGAUGAUGACUCUAUCUAUAGUCGUAGUGAUAGUGAAAGGAACGAUUACGUCCCGAGACCAUCCUCGGGAGCGAAACCUCGUCCGGUAAAGAGGAAAAAGUCCACCGGUAUUUCCCGUAAAAGGAAUGCCACUUUUGUUGUCAGACCCACUAUUGUUAGGGCGCCUUCUACGUUGAGAAGACCCGCAAGGAGAUGUGGUGACAUCACACAAAAAGGAUAUGAAAAGAAGAGAACUAAACUUCUUUCAUCAUAUGUGCCUAAACAAAACUCGACCGGGAGCGGCUCGAAUGAGGGCGGCAAAAGCAGUGGCGGCGACAAUGGAUCAGCCGUCAGGCCUCAGCAGCACACUAGACGUCGAACGCAACGUCGUGUCACGCACAACGAGAAACGAUACCACUCAGAUGUGGGGGAUGCACCUAGCGGAAAAGAUUCCAAGGGCAGCAGCUACCAAAGCCCGGCCAAUCGAGCCGUCCGCAGGGGCAAUCGCAGGCUCACUAGAAACGAGAGUCGCUAUCACUCAGAGGUUCGACAAGAAGCAGUACAAAGAGCACUGGCACAAGCUAUGCAAAAUAGGCUGAAACCAUCUAUGCCAAUGCCUUCCAAAAGGACAUCUGUGAUGGCGAGAAGUCCCGAUAGAGAUCGACAUGACUCAGAUUCAUCAUCAGAUGACGAUAGUUUGGGCAACGAGGAACUGGUUGAGACAACACCUGAUAAAGAAAGACCUAAAGACAGAAAUACACCCCAGAUGUUUCCGCCUCCUCCUCUAUCGGACACGAGCAGUACGGGCUCGCCACCCCCGUUGAACUACAGGGCACGCCUGCCACCGCCUAACAACUGGGACCACAGAAUCAAACAUGAUAUGACUGAAAUAAACGAUGUCAUGCAGAAUAUCAGACCAUACUCACAACCUCCAGAUGUAACCCACAACACUGCCCAAGGAGGACGUAGACCUCCAGCUGCUGAUAGACUGAAUAGAUACGCAUCAUCGACAUCGGAUGAUACCAUCGGCACUGGUACUGGAAAAUGGAAAGUGUCUGCUAAAAUACAGCAACUUCUUAACACUUUAAAGAAGCCUAAAAGAAGACCUUUGCCGGAGUUUUAUCAAGACGACGAUAUUGAACUUGAAAUCGCCGCAAAUCCGAAAGAUCCUAAUGCUCCUAAACCAGAAGGUGGUUGUAUGACGCCAUCUUUAGGAGAUCCGUUGGUUAUUCCUUCUGGUCUUCCCAGAAAUAUUGAAGCUGCUAUAUCAAGAUAUGGUUGUGCUUCAUUUAAGGCUCCUGUUGCUACCGUUUUAGAUCCGAACGGAAAAUUGACGGUAACCUUAACUUAUGGUAAACUGCUAACUCGUUCCUGGAAAAUUGCCUAUGCAUUAUUAACGAAAUCAUUCGGUAAAAAUGGUGAUACAAGUCUGAAGUCAGGUGACCGAGUAGCCUUAGUUUAUCCAAACAACGAUCCAAUCAACUUUAUUUGCGCUUUUUAUGGCUGCCUUCAAGCGGGCAUUGUGCCUGUUCCGAUUGAAGUACCCAUCACAAGAAGAGAUGCGGGGUCUCAACAAAUAGGCUUCUUGUUGGGUAGCUGCUCAGUGCAAGUAGCCUUGACCUCCGAAGCGUGUUUGAAGGGCUUGCCCAAAACAACUUCUGGUGAAGUGGUUCAAUUCAAAGGUUGGCCAAAACUGAAUUGGUUUGUGACUGAACAUUUGGCCAAAACUCCAAAGGAUUUUACACCGGAUCCACGGUUGUCAGAUGAAACACCAGCAUAUAUAGAAUAUAGUACUGACAGAGAUGGUUCUGUCAUGGGGGUGACCAUCACUAGAGCAGCGAUGUUACAGCAUUGCAGGAUGUUGACAAUGUCUUGCAAUUAUACCGAAGGAGAAAAUAUGGUCUGUGUAUUAGAUUUUAAAAGAGAAGUGGGCUUAUGGCAUUCCGUUUUGACAAGUCUCUUGAAUGGAAUGCACGUAAUUUAUAUUCCAUAUGCCUUAAUGAAGGUCAAUCCUGCUAGCUGGAUGCAAAUGAUAACUAAAUACAGAGCAUCUGUUGCUGUUGUUAAAUCAAGAGAUCUCCACUGGGGCUUACUCGCUACAAAAGACCAUAAAGACAUCAAUAUGUCCUCGUUAAGAAUGCUCUUGGUGGCUGAUGGAGCAAAUCCGUGGUCAUUGAGUUCUUGUGAUCAAUUCUUAUCGGUGUUCCAAAGUAAAGGUCUGAGACCUGAUGCUAUUUGUCCCUGUGCUAGUUCAAGUGAAUGCUUAACUGUUUCUGUAAGAAGACCUGGAAGAGCUGGAGUUAAUUCGACGGGUAGAGGGGUACUAUCUAUGCAAGGUCUCAGUUAUGGAGUUGUCCGAGUCGAUCAAGAAAACAGUCUCACCUCCUUGACUUUACAGGAUUGUGGGCAAGUGAUGCCUGGAUGCGUUGUUGUGGUUAUCAAAAUGGAGGGACCACCCUUUUUGUGUAAAACUGAUGAAGUAGGUGAAAUUUGUGUCAAUUCCGGCGCUAGUGGUACACAAUAUUGGGGAUUACAAGGACUCAGUAAUUCCACCUUCAAAGUGCAACCUAUAACUGCUGAAGGCAAAACCAUAGGUGAUGCUGAAUACACAAGAUCAGGGCUGCUUGGAUUUUUGGGUCCUGGAGGACUUGUUUUCAUCUGUGGAUCCAAAGAUGGUCUAAUGACAGUUACUGGUAGAAAACAUAAUGCCGAUGAUAUUAUUGCUACUGUGUUGGCUGUAGAACCUAUGAAAUUCAUUUAUAGGGGAAGAAUUGCAGUUUUCAGUCACAGAGUUCUCAGGGAUGAGAGAAUAUGUGUUAUUGCUGAGCAGAGGCCCGAUUGUAGUGAAGAAGAAUCUUUUCAAUGGAUGUCUCGUGUUCUUCAAGCAGUGGAUUCAAUUCACCAAGUUGGCAUUUACUGUUUGGCUUUAGUACCUCCCAAUUAUCUUCCGAAAACUCCUUUGGGAGGCAUACAUUUAUCUGAAACGAAAAGAAGAUUUUUAGAGGGAACUCUACAUCCUGCUAAUGUGCUACUGUGUCCACAUACCUGUGUAACAAAUUUACCAAAACCUCGAGAAGUACAUUCAGCAACCGACUGUGUUUCAGACGUUGGCCCAGCGUCUGUUAUCGUGGGAAAUCUUGUGCAAGGUAACAGACUGGCUUGUGCCCAAGGCAGAGAUGUUGGGGGCCUAGAGGAGGAAGACUCUUCGAAAAAACAACAAUUCAUCACAGAAAUUUUACGUUGGAGAGCGCAUAGUACCUCAGAUCACACAUUGUUUACUUUAUUGAAUAGCAAGGGUACAGCUGCUAAGGUACUUACUUGUUCAGAAUUGCAUAAGAGAGCUGAAAGGAUAGGCAACCUUCUGAAUGAGAAAGGAAGGAUAAACACUGGUGAUCAUGUGGCUUUAAUCUUUCCCCCAGGGUUAGAUUUAAUAUGCGCUUUCUAUGGAUGCCUGUAUGUAGGUGCUGUACCUGUAACAAUAAGGCCCCCACAUCCCCAAAAUUUGCAGACUACCCUUCCAACAGUCAGGAUGAUUGUGGAUGUUUCAAAAUCCGUAUUAGUAUUAUCUUCACAGGCUGUGAUUAAGCUCCUGCGUUCCAAGGAGGCUAGCAAUGUUGUCGAUAUCAAAUCUUGGCCGCUCAUUUUAGACACUGAUGAUAUGCCCAAAAAGAAAUUACCCGUUCUUUAUAGGGCACCAGCUGCAGAAAUGCUUGCUUAUUUGGAUUUCAGUGUUUCCACAACCGGCAUGUUAGCCGGCAUCAAAAUGUCACAUGCUGCAGUUACAAAUCUCUGCAGGAGUAUGAAGCUUUCAUGCGAACUAUACCCCAGUAGACAUAUAGCGUUAUGCCUGGAUCCAUAUUGUGGUCUGGGUUUCGCUUUAUGGUGUUUAAGCAGCAUUUAUUCAGGUCAUCAUUCAAUCCUCAUACCACCAUCAGAAAUUGAUGUUAACCCAGCCCUUUGGUUGACUGCCGUCAGUCAGAAUAAAGUUCGCGACACGUUUUGCUCCUAUGGUGUUAUGGAGUUGUGUACAAAAGGAUUGGGAUCUUCGGUUAAUCAACUGAAAUCGCGCGGUAUUAAUCUGGCAUGUGUGAGAACUUGUGUAGUUGUGGCAGAAGAAAGGCCUAGGAUAAAUUUGACUACUAGCUUCUCCAAAUUGUUCAGUGCUUUAGGUUUAAGUCCAAGGGCCGUAUCGACCAGUUUUGGGUGUCGCGUUAAUGUGGCCAUUUGCUUGCAAGGUGCUUCUAGUCCCGAACCAUCGUCGGUGUAUGUAGAUCUUAGGGCGUUACGCAAUGAUAGAGUUAGUUUAGUGGAGAGAGGAAGCCCCCAUAGUUUGUGCUUGAUGGAAAGUGGAAAAUUAUUACCUGGAGUGAAAGUUAUCAUCGCAAACCCGGAAUCUAAGGGUCAGUGUGGCGAUUCCCAUCUCGGCGAAAUUUGGGUUCAAAGUGGCCAUAAUGCAAGCGGAUAUUUCACCAUUUAUGGAGAUGAAAAUGAGUACAACGAUCACUUCAAUGCCCACUUGGUGACAGGAAAUACAGGUGAAGUUUAUGCAAGAACCGGUUAUUUAGGUUUCCUAAGAAGAACUGAAAGUACAUCGAUCACUGGAUCUAAUAGAAGCGCAUUGGAGGAAACGAUUUUAGGAAGAGACAGCGAUACAGAGUCUCUGAAUUCUUCACAUCACAUACUCAGCGCAUCAUCCUCUGAUAACCCUGAACAACACGAUGCUGUAUUUGUUGUUGGGGCCUUAGAUGAAACUAUCAUGCUUAGGGGCAUGAGAUAUCAUCCUAUUGAUAUUGAAAAUAGCGUGAUGCGGUGCCAUAAGAAAAUUGCAGAAUGCGCUGUUUUCACUUGGACCAAUCUUUUAGUUGUAGUUGUAGAAUUAGAUGGUAAUGAAAGUGAAGCCUUGGAUUUAGUACCAUUAGUUACAAAUACAGUACUAGAGGAGCAUCAUCUGAUUGUUGGAGUCGUCGUAGUGGUAGAUCCAGGAGUUGUUCCAAUCAACUCAAGAGGAGAAAAACAAAGAAUGCAUUUAAGAGAUGGAUUUUUAGCGGAUCAACUAGAUCCAAUUUAUGUGGCGUAUAAUAUGUAAUAAGUAAAUUAUUGAUAAUCAGUUCAUAUAAUUUGUUCAAUGUGAUCAAACUUUUGGAAAAAAUAAUACUGUUUCAUUUUCUAAAUUAAGAACCAUUAUUUAUGCCUCAUCACUAUAAAAAUGUUCCACUGGUUAUUAAUCUUUUGAUCAAAAAUAUGUAGGAAAUUAGUAUUGAACAAAUACAAAAAUGGCUCUCUCUUAGGUAAAUCAUUCAGUAUUAUUUAGUUUGAAAGUUGUGUAUCACUCAAGUGAUUAUGAGCAUAUUCUUUCGUACGACUAAAAAACUGAAAAAAGUGUAAUUUACAUCAGCUGAAAUUUUUGCACAAAUUUUAUAACAGUUGUUUGAAAGCUCAAAUGGGAUCUAUAUUUCUAUGAAAGAAAUUAUUGGCAAAACUUGUCAGUAGUUGAUUUACCAAUUUUGUCAAGAUUAUACUACAAGUUUUGUUGAAAAUAAUUAUAAAGUGAAAUUUCUAAAAAGUAUUUCAGCUCAAAUUUUCAAAGUCUCAACAUUUUCAUGUUAGUAGUUUAGAUGUAUAUAUUAUGGCCUACUGCCGAUAGUGUAUUGUAUCGAUAGAUUGUACAGUCAAACAUCUCUCUUCUGGUAUUUUUUAAAGUAUGAGUAUUCUAAUCCAAGUGAACUAUCAUGUGAUUAUAAACUGUUUGUGAUUUAAGUUAGCUAUAAGGAAUCUGUUUUGAUCCAUUAAAUUAAUUACGUGAUUGUUUAUGAUCAUCAAGAGUCUAGUCUGAUUAUAAUUUGGCCGCUUUCCUCAAUACUUCCUUGAAAAAAUUGUCAAAAAAUUAAAUUUUGCAUGUGUGUAAAUCGAAAUUUAUUUCCGUUAUUUCAAGCAUGAGAAUCUUAAAGGUUGUUUUAUAUUAUUUACUAUAAAUUCAUGACAUCACUUCAAGUUCUUCGAGAAUUCCUUCAUAUUUCUGUAGAAAAUGAUAGUUCAACUGAACUUACAUAAUUGAGUGCAAUUUAAUAAACUAAUAAAAUUUAGUAGCAAUUUUUGUAAAUUGUGGAAUAUAAACAACAAUAUUUAAACAAUGAUUGAAAAGUUGGAAAUCAAGUAAUAGUUCAAAUACUUUGAUAUGAAUAUCCAACACUGGAUCAAUAUUGAGAUAGUUUUAUUUUCUGAAAUAUUUAUUUAUACUUUUGUUUUUAUUAUUCUUGAGUGUACUCGUUCAGUACUUUUUGAAGAGUUGAUAUUUUUGAACAAGAUAGUAUAACAAUAUAAUUAUUUCUUGUUUAUUGAUGGAAUUGCCAUUUCUGGCUGAUAAAUUGACAUUUCUGAAAGUUUCUUGAAUGCAACAGCAAAUAAAUGUACCUUUAUAGCA